GUGCAGAGCUGGUGGACUCUGUCCUUGAUGUGGUGAGGAAGGAGGCAGAGAGCUGUGACUGCCUUCAGGGCUUCCAGCUCACACACUCCCUGGGUGGUGGUACAGGCUCUGGGAUGGGCACCCUGCUCAUCAGCAAGAUCCGUGAAGAGUACCCCGACCGCAUCAUGAACACCUUCAGUGUGGUGCCUUCCCCAAAAGUAUCGGACACAGUUGUUGAGCCCUACAACGCCACACUAUCGGUGCACCAGCUUGUAGAAAACACAGAUGAGACCUACUGCAUCGACAAUGAGGCUCUGUAUGACAUCUGUUUCCGCACCCUUAAACUCACAACCCCCUCAUACGGUGACCUCAACCACUUGGUUUCUGCCACCAUGAG